AUGGAAAACCUAAUCACAUACGCCCGCGAAUUCCUCGCCUCGGUUGGUCUCAUGAGACCGUCUUCAGGCACGCCAAUCACAAGCUUAUUCAGUACCCUUCCAGGCCACCACCGCAUCCUCCUCAGCGGGCUUGACGAGGCUGGCAAAUCAACUCUCUUGCGCUCUCAUUUGGUAAUCAAUGAAAAAGAUAUAUCUAUCGUCGUGGGCAUGAUUGCCCAUCAGGUUGAAGUCUAUAGAUGCGGCAAUGUCACUUUCCAAACCAUUGAUCUCGGCGGUGGCAGGCCUGAGACAUAUUUCAGGAUGGAGAGGUCUUUCAUCAGGCAAUGCGAUGCACUUGUUUGGGUCGACGACUCGGCUGAUCACGACCGCCUCAUAGAAGCAAGAGAAGAACUUUUCCGAGCUGUGCGCCACCAAGACGGAUUGCGCAACGGCAUCCCAGUGUUGAUUCUAGCAAAUAAGCAAGAUAAGAGUAACGCGCGUACAGCAGAGCAGAUAAAGGGAUUCUAUGUCGAUGAUUCUUCAUCGCCUUUAGUUAAUACGCCACAUGCGGUGUUUGCAUCGAGCACUAAGACUGGCAAAGGGCUGUUCGAGGCUUUUGAAUGGAUGAGUCACACUGUUGAGAGCAGGAUGAAAUAUGACACUGGCAUCAGUGAAAAGGUUCCGUCAUACGACAAAGAGGAGGAAGCGACUAGAAUCAUCAUGGAAGGACUACAGUCAAGUCACAAAGAGGAGCUCGGCGAGAAAGGAGGGUAG